GACUAACAAAUACUUUAAUCAAAAACCGGAAGCAAUUUAUAAUGAAAACAAAACAACAAUGAAGUGUCUGAUUUUCUGUUUAAGUAAUUUGGUUACUCUUGUUGUUUCACAGCCUGGGGUAAAUCCAUUACCAAGUGAUGUGUUGGUGAUACAGAAUCUGAAUGGCCAGUGUAACGGCAUUGCCAACCCCUUGAUACGCAAGUUGCAGGAACGCAACUCGUACAUUAUGAGGUCACAUGCAGAGGAAAGGACAUAUUACGAGCGUAGCAAGAACUGCGUAAUGACCCUGAUAGGCAAGCUGGGAUACCAGUGGGAGAUCAGAAUCAACAGUUUUGACGUCUACGGGGAGACAGACUCUGCUGGCAAUCCAACCAAGUGUUACGACUAUGUGAAGUUUUAUGAUUCCGAGCGCGUGGAUAAUGCAAAACUUCUGAAGGGCAUCAACUAUGAGACAGGGCUGUGUGGCACACUCACCCCGAGUACCGUCGGUCAGCUGCUAUUUCGCACCUGUGCAAACAUCCUCACCAUCCAGUUCUACACCCUAGACACACAGAAAGGCAGCAGUUCGGAGUUCCGGCAAGGGUUUGGUCUUGAACUAAUCCAGUAUGAGUGGACCAACCCCACUGGUGGGCCUGACUGUGACUUCGACCUCAAUGGCAUAGCGCCAGGAAUGUGGCGUGAUGGCACGUUCAGUGAGUUCCAGAACUCGUGGACAGACCAGCCUGUUAUUCCUGGCUACAUUUCUGGCGGAGCGGAGGCUAACUACGACAAGGAGAUAGCAGGCAUAACUUGCUAUGUGUGUCAGAACUGUCCUGUAGAGCCAUUUGAUCCUGUGCGGGAUGCUACUGGACAGGACACCAACUGUUACCGCUGUUCCAAGGAAUGGGACCAAGAGUAUCAGAUAGCCAAGAGAGCAUGCUACACAAGGACUAACUACCUCAACUUCAUUGAUAGUAUCCGAGAAAUCGAUGAGCCGUUCAUUGGGUGUCGUCAGAGUGUGGACCAGUACUCACGUACCAGAAACUACUGCUUCUGUGACACAGAUCUGUGCAACUGGGCAACAAGAUUCACGUGGAGCAAAGUCACACUGUGCCUUGUAGGGCUGGUCUCAUUGCUUCAUAGGCUGCUGAUAUAAAUAUUUGUAUAGUCAUAGUGGUGUAAAGGAUUGUUUGUUUGCCUUGCACCCGAGCAAACAGAUUCUAGAGUGUCUCUUUAAUCUACUAAAUAAAUUGUUUUAAUCUAAAUACUUUGUACACUCAAAUAUUUGAUACAUAUCAUUCAUCAUUUGUAUGCUUUAUUACAUGUGUGGAUUUCAUCUUAAUGCGUUGCAUACUCAAGGAUUUUAUACAUAUCAUUCAUCAUUUAUUUGCUUUGUUCAUUGUAUUCAUUGAUUUUAUGCAAUGCGUUCAUUAUUUUGUAUGCUUUUAUUUUGUAAAUAUUUGUUGAAAUAAUGGUUGUGUUUUUGUCUUAUUGUCACAUAAAUUGUGUACAAUCAGUUUUAAAAAUAUAUUCUGUAGUGUUCUAUAUUUUUAAAAAUGCUGCAAUUUUAAUAUUCAAUUUGCUGUUUUCAUAUUUAUAACAUCUUAUGCAAACUUCAACUUUAUUCAAACCAUGCGUAAGACAAUAUCCGACCUGGUUCUUCUUUUAAAAGUCAAUAGAAAAUGCUUUUAAAAAGUUUAUUUGUAUCAUGACAAUGUUCACAAUGCUUAACAAUUCUAAAUAUAAUAAAAGAAAAAUGAAUUUUAUCCUGUUCUUUUAAAACACUGUUAAAAUUUCAUAUAAAAGUAAAGAAAGCUUUUUUUUAUUACAAGUUAUUUUAAACAGCAAUAUAAAACACUGGCACUGUUUCUGUAAACACAAGAUGAAAAUAUGAAUUGGCAAUUAAAAAAAAACACAUCACGACAAGUAAGACUAGUACCCGACCUGUUUACCCAAAAUAAAAAUAUUAAUUGACAAUGGAAGAAACAUGAGGAAAGUUACAUGAGUACUAGUUCUGUUUACACAAGAUUAAAAUAUAAAUUGACAAAAAAUAUCACGACAAAUUACAAUAUAACACUAGUGCAAUAUUUGACUGUUUUUUUAGCUUGACUAUUAUAUAUGAAAUAUAUAAAGUGGACCUAUCCUACUCACGUUGGCGUGUGCGUGAGCAUUUAAAUGUUAAAGUUUGUGUACCACCUCAAAUAUUUUGUCCCUUGACAUAUUGCUUUUAUAUUUUGCAUACUUCUUAUCCAACAUGUCCCCCAAUCUAUAAAAAAGAGCAGACAACUGUAUCAAGCAUUUUGUAAGAAUUAUGGCCCUUUUUUCACUUAGAAUAUGCAUAUUUUUGAUAAAUAUAUGUUAACGUUUGUGUACCACCUAAAAUAUUUUCUAUGUCCGUUGACAUAUUGCUUUCAUAUUUUGCAUACUUCUUGACCAACAUGACUCCAAUCUAUAAACAAGUGCAGACAACUGUAUCAAGCAUUUUGUAAGAAUUAUGCUCCCCUUUUAUACUUAGAAAAUUGAAAUUUUGGUAAAGUUUUGUGUUUAGGUUCACUUUAUUCCUAAAGUAUCAAAGCUAUUGCUUUCAUACUUGCAACACUUACUAUCAUAAAAGGACUGUGCAGGAAAAUUUAUGUAAACCUGACUGGCAUGUUGACAGAAUAAUGGCCCCUUUUAUACUUAAAUAAUUGAACAUUUUGUUUAGUUUUGUGUUUUGGUCCAUUUUACUCCUACAGUAUCAUAGCUAUUGCUUUCAAACUUGGGAAGCUAGCUAACCUUCGUAUGGGGACUGUACAGGGCAAGUUGCAUACCUCUGGUUGGCUUUUUAAAGGAAUUAUGGCCUUUUUUGUCUUAGUAACUUUGAAUAUUUUGUUUAAUUUUGUGUUUAGGUCCACUUUACUUCUAUGGAAUCAAGGCUAUUGCUUUCAGACUUCAAAUACUUUCUUACUAUCAUGAGGGUACUGUACCUGGCAAGUUGAAUUUGACCUUGACCUUUGAAUGACCUUGACUCUCAAUGUCAAAUUAAUUAAUUGUGCUUAAAUUGCCAUAACUUCUUUAUUUAUGAUCAGAUUUGAUUCAUACUUUUACAAAACAACACUUACCUGUCAUACCACAAUGGAGACCACCCAAACCAUUCCCCACGCUCCACCCCAGAAUCCCCCCCCCCCAAAAAAAAAACAAAAUUCUUGUUUUUUCUUAUUUUUGAAAGAUCACCCACCCACAUUAUACCCCCCUCUCCAUCCCCACCCCAACCCUUACCUGUCCCCCCCCCCCCCACCAAAGAGAUUUUUUAUUUUUUGAAACAUGGUAAAAAAAACAAACAACAAAGAUUUAUUUUAUUUUAUUUUUGAAGGACCGUCAAACCAUCCCACCCAAGCUAUUGCUAUCAAACUUGAAAUAAAAUCUUAUUAGUUUGUUUUAUGUCUUUACAAAAUAUAACUGAACUCAGAAUCGUCUAUAAAGUACAACUUCUUUAAAACAUAAGCGAUCAAAAUGUUUCAAAUAUGGUCCUCUUCCACUUAGAAAAUGACUAUAUUACCUUGACCUUAUUGAAUAUGAACAAUUUCCCCAUGAUGGCUUACGUUAUACUGUCAAGCACUCGAAUAGCUCUUGUUAUGCCCCUGGUAGGGGAUAUAUAGAAGUUGAACUGUGUGUCCGCCUGGCAUUCGGUUUUAAAAGCUUUUUCCGAAAUACUUGUGUGCGAAUCUACCUACAAGUUUUACUUUCUUUACAAUUUACACUUACAGUUUUCCGGACUUUUAUCCUAAAUGCUUGCAGAGAUUAACCUGAUAUUUGGUGUUUGAUUACAUUACUCACAGAUCAUGUUCGAGGUUCUUUCCUGUCCAUUGAUAUUUGGUGUAUGAUUCUACCUACAUUACUCACAGAUCAUGUUCCAGGUUCAUUCCUGUCCAUUGAUAUUUGGUGUUUGAUUCUACCUACAUUACUCACAGAUCAUGUUCGAGGUUCAUUCCUUGUGUGAUUCUACCUACAUUACUCACAGAUCAUGUUCGAGGUUCAUUCCUUGUGUGAUUCUACCUACAUUACUCACAGAUCAUGUUCGAGGUUCGUUCCUUGUGUGAUUCUACCUACAUUACUCACAGAUCAUGUUCGAGGUUCAUUCCUGGUGUGAUUCUACCUACAUUACUCACAGAUCAUGUUCGAGGUUCAUUCCUGGUGUGAUUCUACCUACAUUACUCACAGAUCAUGUUCCAGGUUCAUUCCUGGUUUGAUUCUACCUACAUUACAGAUCAUGGUCGAGGUUCAUUCCUGGUGUGAUUCUACCUACAUUACUUAGAGAUCAUGUUCGAUGUUCAUUCCAGGUAGGAUUCUACCUACAUUACUCACAGAUCAUGUUCGAGGUUCAUUCCUUGUGUGAUUCUACCUACAUUACUCACAGAUCAUGUUCGAGGUUCAUUCCUGGUGUGAUUCUACCUACAUUACUCACAGAUCAUGUUGGAGGUUCAUUCCUGGUGUGAUUCUACCUACAUUACUCACAGAUCAUGUUCGAGGUUCAUUCUUGGUGUGAUUCUACCUACAUUACUCACAGAUCAUGUUUGAGGUUCAUUCCUGGUGUGAUUCUACCUACAUUACCCACAGAUCAUGUUCGUGGGUCAUUCCUGGAGUGAUUCUACCUACAUUACUCACAGAUCAUGUUCGAGGUUCAUUCCUUCAUUCCUGUCCAUUGAUUUUUGACAAAGUUACAAGCCUUAAACCUAAAAAUUACUCUUAAAUACGGUUUACACAGUUCCAGAAUGUUUGCUUUCAUAUACAUGUACUUACCUAAUUUUGGGUGAGUGAGUCUACCUGUAGGGCGCCUUUUGUUUCACAAACACAGCUCUUAUUUUAAUGCAUUAAUUUAUAAUACAUCCUUAAAAGAAAUUUAUUUUUUGUUCAAUAAUAAUCCAACUCAUAAUACAUAUUCCUUUACUUAAAUUUAUAAAGUUUGAUUUGUAUUGACCAAUAUUUACAUAAUAAUAAGCAAUAUUAUGUAAAUAAUUACAGGUUCUCGUGUUGUUUAUAAUAUUCCCUUACUGUACAUUAUUCCUGUUUUUCGUCACAUCAUCACUAACUUGUAGAAUUGUUAAUUUAUAUUGUUAUUUGUAUACACAGUUGAUGUCAUAUAAUGUCAUGUAUUUAUCAUUUUUCACAUUCCAACAAGUAAUUUGCUAAAAAAAAAUGUGUUGUUUUUGCAACUAAAAACUAUGUUAUUGAUUAAAAGGAUGAUAUUUAUGCCUCCCUGCAAAGAAGAGGCGGUAUUAUGUUUUGCUGAAUGUUGGUGUGUCUGUCAGUAGACCAGUUCUUUUCUUAUCAAUAACUCGUUAAUGAUUUGACCAAUGGGCGUGAUACUUCACAUGUGAAUUGGCGUUUCACAGUAGAUGACCCCUACUGCAUUGGGGUCACUAGGUCGCUUGAUAAUUUACAUGUGCAUUGGCCUUGGACAGUAGAUGACCUGUAUUGAAAUUGGGGUCACAAGAUCAAGGUCACUAUAACUAGAAAUGUGAAAAUUGUUUCCGACUAAUAACUCGUCAACGAAUUGACCAAUUUGCUUGAUACUUCAAAUAUGCAUUGGACUUAGACAGUAGAUAAUCCCUAUUGAAAUUGGGGUCACAAGGUCAAGGUCCCUGUCACAAUAAGUGUGAAAAUCAUUUCCGAUCAAUAACUUGUCAACGAAUUGAACAAUUGGCUUGAUACUCCCCAUGUACAUUGGCCUUGGACAGUAGAUGACCCCUAUUGAAAUUGGGGUUACUAGGUCAAGGUCACUGUCACAUGAGUGUGAAAAUCGUUUCUGAUAAAAAAAAUAUUGAAAUUAGAGUCACUAGUUUUAAGCCCUGUUGGGGGAGGGGGCAUAUGGCUCCGACUCUGGACUGAGAGAAUGAAAAUCAGACGCAUGGGCUUAACCCUGCAUUUUAGAUGAAAGUGUAGAUUUUAAUUAUUAAACUCUUGUCAUGUGAUAAUAUAAGACAUUUCAUAAUUUAGACAACUGAGCCAGUGUUCGCCAACCGAUAUUAGACUUUUACAUGGGAUUAAUUAGAUGUUCUUCAGAUUUUGUGCAUGUAGAAAAUAUCAAAUGAAAUAAAAACAUUUUUAUCUUUUG